CCCAGGUGAAAGCUGCGCUUUCUGCCUCCUCAACCAUCUUCUAUCUACCUACUCCACGACCGCUCCUGCUUCGCCACAUAGUCGAUACCUUGUCCACAUCACUUCAAGCACAGAACGACGCCUCCAGACAACUUCCAUAACCAGCCACCCACAUCCUCGUCAGCAGCAGCAAAACCGCCACGAUGGGCAACGACGGCGGCUCGAUCCCCAAGCGGCGCGAGCUCGUGCGCGAGGCCGCACGCGCGCCCAACAGCUCCGAGCUGAAAGCCACGCUCCUCGAGAACCUCGCGCACCUGUGGGCGUUCUGCCCGCUGACCUCGGAGCCCCUCGCCUUCGACUCGACCGUGUCCGACAGCCGGGGCCGCCUGUACAACUACGAGUCCAUACUGCAGUGCCUGGCGCCGUCCGACGCCGACGCGCCGCUGCCCGAGUCGCAGGUCGCCGAGUUCGAGAGGACGGGGAUCAGGGGGCUCAAGGACAUCGUGCGGCUCAGGUUCCACGUGCGGAAAGAGGGGGGCAGCAAGAACGGCAAGGAGGUACGCGCGUGCCCGAUUAGCAUGAAAGAGCUUGGCUCGGAAGGGUCGCCCGUCAAGGCCGUCUAUGUGGUGCCGUGCGGCCAUGUGUUCUCAGAAGUGGCGAUGAGGGAGACGACGGGACUUGCAGCGGGCAACGGGUCAAGCAAGGAUACCAAGGAGGCGGCGGAAAAGCAAUGUCCAGAGUGCAGUGGCCCGUUCCUGGAAAGAGACGUCAUCCCAAUAUUACCAGUCGACGAGACCGAGGUGGACAGGCUUGGGAAGCGGAUGGAUGAGCUCAAGACACUUGGCCUGACGCAUAGUCUGAAGAAGGACAAGAGUGGCGGCAAGAAGAAGCGAAAGGCCGAGGGUGAAGAGACCAACGGCUCGCGGGAAAAGGCGGCGAAAACGAAUGGAAGCAAAGAGAAGAACGGCGGGAUUGACAGCCGUAUCAACAAUGCGAUGACGGCGUCACUGACCGCGAAGGUCCUUGCUGAGCAGGAGGAACGAAACAAGCGGCGGAAGAUGGCGGAGACCUACAAGAGCGAACCGGUACGGUAAUGGACAACUUGUAGAACACGAUGAAGUGCAGAACCUACAGAAAUAUACCCAGCUUCGUCCGCCUGGCCAAGGCAGCAAUCCAUACAUAUAUGCAUGCCCGAUGCGAUGCCCUCAUG